AUGCUGCUGGAAGCUGGCUCAGACUUGAAUGCCACAAACCAUCUGGGUAACUCACCUCUGCACCUGGCAGCCCAAGAGAAGUGCCAUGAAUGUCUCAGGGACAUCUCUCGGGGCUUUGAGCAAGUUGCCAUUCCUUGCCUCAAUAUGGUAGACCAGGAAUCCUAUCCCAGGGAUUUCCUCUACAUCACAGGGAACAUCAUGUCAGGCUCAAUGCUUCUUCCCACAAAAGCCUGGGAUCAAAGUCAGGGUGGUCAACUCAGGCUGGAUACCACUGGCACAGCCCCUGAGAUGGGAUCCAUCUAUGAAUGCAGCAUGCUGUGCGCUUGUUCCAGGUCCUGCCCCAACCGGGUGGUGCAACGCGGUCUCCGAACCCAGCUUCAACUUUACAGGACAGCUGGCAAGGGUUGGGGCGUCCGCACAGUGCAGGAUGUGCCCCGUGGAACGUUCCUUUGCCAGUACUUUGGGGAGCUGAUUUCCAACACUGAGGCUGCACACAGAGAGGAAGAUACCUACUACUUUGUGGUGGACAUGCAGAAUGGGCAACAGUGCUGCCUCGAUGGGCGCUACUAUGGCAAUGUCGGGCGCUUCCUAAAUCAUUCAUGUCAACCCAACCUGGUGGCCUUACAAGUUGCCCUGGGAUAUGAGAUCCCUGGCAUUGCCUUUUUCAGCACACGAGCCAUCCCAGCUGGUGAAGAACUUGGAUUCGACUACGGCGACCAGUUCUGGGAGGUGAAAAGCUGGAACUGCACCUGCCUCUGCGGCUCCCCCGGCUGCAGACGCUUGGCUCGGAGUCCCGCCCGUCUUCCUUCGCCGGCCGCCGGAGACCCCGGUCCGGGGCCCAGCUCUUCCUGCCCGCCACGGCCUCCGCUCCGCGGCUUCGCGCUCAAGACAAAGCGCUCCAGCCCUCCGAAGAGGGUCACCCGUUCCCGCCUGGCUCGGUCGCCCUAA